UGCAGUUCAAUGAUUGUUCCAACGUGAAAAAACAUUGAGAAAAUACGUAGAUAAAACAUUUUCAUCCAGUUUCCCAAUGUUCCUGAACACAACCGAGGGUCUCUUCCCCACUGAGGGCCCAGACUCAAAGCUGGACUGGACCGAGUUGGACCCCUAUAACUGCACCAACUACACAGCAGCCUGGGACUGGCUUUCCUCCUACCAGCCGGUCUUCAUGGUUCUGCUCAGCGUGGUGGGCGUAGUGGCCAACGGUCUGGUCCUCUGUGUCUUCUGUUUGCAGAGGAAGCCAUGCACCGUGGCUGAUGUCUACCUGGGCAACUUGGCGGCUGCAGACCUGGUCAUGGUGUCCUGUUUACCCUUCUGGGCCGCCACCAUCGCUAACAACUACCACUGGGAGUUCGGCGAGCCCAUAUGCAAGCUGGUCAAUGUGGCCAUCUCCAUGAACUAUUACUGUAGUGUUUUCUUCCUGGUGCUGGUUAGUGUCGAUCGCUACCUGGCUCUGGUCCGGCCCAUGUUCCAAAGCCGACUGCGGAGGGCGGCCUGGGCCAAACGCAUCUGCCUGGGGAUAUGGAUCGUGGGGUUCCUGCUGAGUCUGCCCAUCCUGGUCUUCCGCAGGGUGAAAUACGUGGCCAAGGCUGGGGUGAUGGCCUGCGUCCUGGCCUACCCCCAUCCGGACUGGGAGAUCCAGCGCAACGUUACCAAUAACGUGGUUGGGUUCCUACUUCCGGUGAUAGUGGUGUCGUACUGCAGCCGCCACAUCGUGACCAGUCUGAAAGACGGUCAGAUCAGAAAAACUCCCGGGGUGAGGUCAGAGAGGAAGGCCACACAACUGGUCCUGACUGUCCUCACGGUCUUCCUCAUCUGCUGGACGCCCUACCAGGUAGUGCGCUUCCUGGACACGCUGGAUUACUUCCAAGUCACGCCAGGAUGCCUCUGGGGUCACAUUCUGGACAUUACCAUACAGCUGUCCACCUACCUGGCGUACGCCCACAGCACCAUCAACCCCUUCCUGUACGUCAUUGUGGGGAGACAAUUCAGGAAGAGGGCAAAAGAAGUGUUCGGGACAAUGUUAAAGUGAAUGUUGUCGGAUAAAUAUUUCCUGACGGUAAAUUUCACCUCCAGUGGAAGACUGGCCACUCAAAGGAUACAAUGUUCACAACUUGUGAAGCAAACUGUGACGUGACAAGAGUCUGUCUGGAUAUCCGUCUGUCCUCUGAAAGAACUGAUCCAGACUGAAACAUUUCAUCUUCAGCUGGUUUUGCUUAUUGUAAAUAUGUUCUGUCUUGAAACUGAGUGGAUCUCUGCCAGUUAUUGCUGAGAAAUCAAAUGAGGUGAAAAAGUGACCAGGGAUAUACAGCUGACUUCUGUCUUCGUUUAACUUGUAAUUACCGGCAGACAUCUGUUCCCAAUCAUCAGGAGGUUUAUUUCUGCAAAUAGGCAGUUUGGCUGUCUACAAUAUUCCUUAGCUUUAUCGAACUCCUGUUGUAAUUAAUUUGUUGAUUUAUGUAGAGUUAUUAUGAAUAGCUACAGACUCCAUUCGGGUUCACGAUCCUAAAGAUUAUUUAUGUGGUAAUGAAGGCGCUAAAUAAUGACAGUCUGGUGUAGAAGAUUAAUCUAAAUGUGAUCUAGGAAGUAUUUGAUUGUCAUAGAGCCCCUUUUAACUUUUAUAGAGCGUGCUAUUAUGUUAAAUUAUUAUCCUAGAGAAAGACUAUGAAUGGGACAUGCUGACUAAUUGAAAUGUAAAAGGUAAUAUUGUCUUUUGAAAAGCUCAUGUUCAUUUUUCUUCUUGGACACUAAAUUAAAAGAGGUUAUGGUUUAACCUUCCAUAUUUCUUAACAAUUCUGCUGAAAAUAUGUAUGUAUUGCAUAAAAAUGACUUUUGUAUGUAUCAAAAAUCUGUACACUAUAAUGUGUUGAU